CUGUUGGGCGGCUUCCAGGCGGACCUAGGGGCGGUGAGUGCGGAGAUCAAGGACCUUCAAGAGCGCUCCAUGGGAAUGGCACAGCGGCUCCGGAACAGACGGGCAGCAGAGGGGCGUCUGGGACGGUUUGUGGAGGAGAUGGCAGUGAGUCCGGAUCUGAUAGACACAGUGGUGGAUGGGGAGGUGGGCGAGGGGUACAUCCGCGCCCUGCAGGCGCUGAACCGCAAGCUGCACUUUGUGGCAGAGGAGCCGAGUGCCCGGUCGUCCACUGCCAUGCGGGAUGUGCAGCCAGAGCUGGACAGGCUCCGAGUGAAGGCUGUUAUCAAGGGGAGGGAGUAUCUGAUGCAGAAGAUCUACGCCCUCCGAAAGCCCAAGACCAACAUCCACAUUCUGCAGCAAAACGUGCUUCUCAAAUAUAAGUACCUUGCAGUUUUUUUAAAGGAGCAUGGGCGGGUGGUGUACACUGAAGUCAAUAACGCGUACAUUGACAUAAUGAGCAAGGUCUUGUCUCUCCAUCUGCGCACCUACAUCUCCUCCUUGGAGAAGCUUCAGCUUGACAUCGUGUCGCGCACAGACCUGAUUGGAGUGGACGAUAGCAACAAGCUCGCACAGACCAUCUUUGGUCGCGCGGGAAGGGACCUCAAGAACCGAUCAGCAGUCUUCUCAUUAGGCAGCAGAGACCAGGUGCUAAGUGAUGUGGAGGAGCCGGCCAUCAUCCCACACAUUGCAGAGGCGGACAAGAACAAGCACCCCUACGAGGUGCUGUUCCGGUCACUGCACAAGCUGCUCAUCGACACGGCCACGUCAGAGUUUCUUUUCUGCAAGGAAUUCUUUGGGGACGACUCGACCUUCCAUGCAGUCUUUGCAGGUCCCUUUGCUGUGAUCGAUGAGCACUUCGCAGCUGUGCUGCCCAACUGCUACGACGCCAUUGGGCUGCUGCUGAUGAUCAGGAUGACGAGGCAAUUCCAGGACAUCAUGAAAGCAAGGAAGGUCAACUGCUUGGAUCAGUACUUUGACAAGGUGAACCUGCUCCUCUGGCCGCGGUUCAAGCUCGUGUUUGACCUUCAUCUAGGCAGUCUACGCCAGGCGAACCCGCGCGCGCUGUGGGAGCAGGACGUGCACCCGCACUACGUGGCGCGGCGGUACGCGGAGUUUGCAGCGUCGCUCAUGACGCUCAACACGGCCCACGGCGACGGCCAGCUCGAGCUCAACCUGGACCGGCUGCGGAGUGCCGUGGACCACCUGCUGGUGGAGAUCUCAAGGCUGUUUCCGAAGCCCAAGCAGCGCACAGUGUUUCUGAUCAACAACUACGACCUCAUUCUGGCUGUGCUCAAGGAGGCGGGGGUGGAGGAGGGCCGGACUCAGCGCCACUUUGCAGAGCUGCUGAGCUCGUUCUCAACCAUCUUCGUGGAGGAGGAGCUACACGAGUACUUCAGGGGACUUGUGGACUUUGUCAAGAAGAGAACAGGCACUGGCGAUGAGACAGCAGACGCAGUGGCAGCUCGCAGCAGCAGUGGCAGCACAGGGGGGCACAAGGUGGUCGCUGCACCCAUCACAGCUAAAGAGGUGGAGCCUCACCUCAAGGACUUCGCUGUCCGAUGGAAGGCCACCAUCGAUCUGAUCCACAAGGACAUCAUCACCAACUUCAGCAACUUCGUGUGUGGAAUGGACAUCCUCAGAGCUGCCCUCACGCAACUACUGCUCUACUACACCCGCCUUUCCGACUGCCUCAAGCGAGUGGAAGGAGGAGCCUCGUUAAUGAAGGACGUGGUCUCCAUACCGUCCAUAAUGUACGAGAUUCGCAAGUACAGCCUCACGUUCUGACACCCGGCCGAUUGCCUCUUACAUACAGCCAUCUUUGUUUAACCCACGGCAACUGCUCUCUGUGGCAUCCUAUCAAUACCUUCCAUCAUGUGCGAGAUGCAUAAAUACAGAUUCGUCGUCUUAGAUUCUUCGUCAAGCGUUGUCGACUACUAUUAGAGCUCUGAGUAUUCAGAUUAUUCGUCCAAUUUCAAGAGUUGUUUGUGGUUUCUUGUAUUCACUAUCUAUGCCAACUCUAGGCCACAACUCACCAUUGCAGGUAAUUUCCAGUGUAGUAUGAUUUGUUUGUAUGUCUGCCGAAAUCUUAACAUCCU